GCCUGCAAUCCCAUACAAAAAGUGGUCAGCAGCUUGCCACGUGCGUUGAAGUGCAAACAUCACAUUGCAUUUUGCCAGCAUGGGGGCUGAACAGAGCUCCUUCAAGGAUCUACCGGCGGCGAAGCCUGCGCCCGAGCCCAUGCCGAUCCUCAACCCGGACCAAGUGCUCAUCGCGCAGCUCAAGCACGAGCUGGAGCAGAUCAAGGCCAAGUACGAGGAGGAAACGCUUGCCCACGCCUCCGAAGUCAAGGACCUCACACUCCAGCACGAGCUCGAGCUCGAGCUCUACGCUGCCCAAAUUGCGGAAGCUCGGCGCUUGGGCGGCGUGGCAGCUGCCGACAGCGACGCCACCGUACAGCGCUUCGCCGAGGAGCGCGCGACGCAUCUCAUGCAGCAGCGCCUCAACUCGAUCACGGAAGUCGACGAUCUCAAGUUCGAGCACAUCACAGGUCCCCUCGGCUUCGAGAAGCGCGACUUUCCGUUCGCGGAGCUCAAGCCCGGCCGCAUCCAUGACGGGACGCUUGUGCUGCGCAUCCAGCUCGUCGAUGGCUUCAAAGGCAACAAGGACGUUCUGGAGCGCUUCAAGAAGACGCUAGCCAUCAUGCAAGCGCUCAACGGCGGCGACGGCACGCUCCUGCGCCUCAUCGGCGCCUGCAACAUCAACUCGGACGACCCGAUCGCGUACGUCGAGUACGUCACGGGCAUGCCCCUCAGUGAGUACCUCAUGAACAAGCAAAACGCGACGUGGGCCGAGAAGCUCUGGAUCGCGUCGCAAGUCGCCAAGGCCAUUGUCCAUAUUCACAACCUCGCCGUCAUGCACCGCGACGUCUCGUGGUCCCGCGUCUUUGUCGAUGCGACUGGCAACGUCAAGGUCUUUGCCGGCCUCAAGAUGCGCCAAGUCCAGGCGUACGAGUCGUACCUCACCGCUGGUAUCACGGAAGCUCGGUGGGGCGCCCCCGAGACUCUGGCAAAGACCGAGGACAGCGACGACAGUGGCGCCACGACGUACACGGACAAGAUCGACAUUUUCGGACUUGGUCUCAUUCUGAUCUCGCUCGUCACCCGUGACCUCCCGUUCACGCACGUCAUGAGGACCACUGGGCGGGCGGAUAGCCCCAUCGAUGACAACCUUGUCGCUGCCCGGCUUAAAGAUCCUGUGGAGGCAAUCAAAAUGCUCGCGGAGCCGUUCGACGUCGACUAUGCAUGCCCGUCUGAAGAGUACAAGACACUCGCACUCGCGUGCAUCCGGUACGACCCCGAGCGUCGGCCGACGGCGCCCGAAGUCGUCCGCCGGCUCGAGACGAUCCGCCAAGCGUACAGCGGAGGGACCAUCCAGACGCCCGACCACGCCAAGGUCGACCUGACGAUCGAGCUCCUCAAGAUGUCCGGCGUGCAGAGCCCAAGUGCGUUUGGGUCGCCGUUCGACGUUUGGUGCGAAAUCAAGAUCGACGACGAGAAGCACGACGCGAUCGUGCUCCCGUCCAUUACUGGCAACGUCACGCACGUUUUCCGGCAGUUCGAGACGCUGAAGGACAUUGAGCCGCUCGCGCAUACGGUCGAGUUCACCCUCAAGACGAAGCACUUGUUGCGCACCAAGACGAUCGGCAAGAUCUCGAUCCUGCUCAUGAACCUUCUUACGCUCGGAGGCAAAGAGUUGACCUUGACGGCGCGCCGGAUGAGAAAGGUACACAUCUUCAAGGACGGUGACAUCGUUGGCUCCUUGGAGAUUGCCGUCACGUUUGGCGAGCGUCUCCGCGGGUACCUUGAGCUCUUUGAGCAGCAGACGACCGUGUUUUUGCGCAACACCGAUGAAGACGAGUCGUUGGCGGUCGAUCUCCGCAAGAAGCGCGACUUGGCCGUCAAGGUAUUGCUGAGCGGUGCGCCGUAGUUUGCACAUCUGUGAUUCGUAUCAACUUGAUAAAAAGAUCGUACACUCGA